UCUAGGCCUGCGAUCGGAGCUCCUCCCCGGCUGGGUCCCUCUCCCCGCCCUGUGGCGGUUCCUCCCUCCUCCGGCAGCCAGGCAGCAUGGCGGCGGUGGAGACGCGGGUGUGCGAGACGGACGGCUGCAGCAGCGAGGCCAAGCUCCAGUGUCCCACCUGCAUCAAGCUGGGCAUCCAGGGCUCGUACUUCUGCUCGCAGGAAUGCUUUAAAGGAAGCUGGGCCACUCACAAGUUACUACAUAAGAAAGCAAAAGAUGAAAAGGCAAAGCGAGAAGUGUGUUCCUGGACUGUAGAAGGUGAUGUCAACACUGAGCCAUGGGCAGGCUAUCGGUACACCGGUAAACUCAGGCCACAUUAUCCACUGAUGCCAACACGGCCCGUGCCCAGUUACAUUCAGAGGCCGGACUACGCUGACCAUCCCUUAGGAAUGUCUGAAUCGGAACAGGCUCUUAAAGGCACUUCUCAGAUUAAGUUACUCUCAUCUGAAGAUAUAGAAGGGAUGCGCCUCGUGUGUAGGCUUGCCAGAGAGGUUUUGGACGUUGCUGCUGGGAUGAUUAAAGCGGGCGUAACUACUGAAGAGAUCGACCACGCUGUACACUUAGCAUGCAUUGCAAGAAAUUGCUAUCCUUCUCCCCUGAAUUACUAUAACUUCCCAAAGUCUUGUUGUACCUCAGUGAAUGAAGUCAUCUGCCAUGGGAUUCCAGACAGGCGGCCUUUGCAAGAAGGUGAUAUUGUUAAUGUGGACAUCACUCUUUAUCGAAAUGGUUACCAUGGGGAUCUAAAUGAGACCUUUUUCGUUGGCGAUGUGGAUGAAGGAGCACGGAAACUUGUUCAGACUACAUAUGAAUGCCUGAUGCAAGCCAUCGAUGCAGUGAAGCCUGGUGUUCGAUACAGAGAACUGGGAAACAUCAUUCAGAAACACGCCCAAGCAAAUGGAUUCUCAGUUGUUCGAAGCUAUUGUGGGCAUGGGAUCCACAAACUUUUCCAUACAGCCCCCAAUGUACCGCACUAUGCCAAAAAUAAAGCAGUUGGUGUGAUGAAGUCGGGUCAUGUGUUUACAAUUGAGCCAAUGAUUUGUGAAGGUGGAUGGCAGGAUGAGACUUGGCCAGAUGGCUGGACUGCAGUGACGAGGGACGGGAAGCGAUCCGCUCAGUUUGAGCACACCCUGCUGGUCACGGACACUGGCUGUGAAAUUCUCACCCGGAGACUCGAUAGCUCUCGGCCUCAUUUCAUGUCCCAGUUUUAAUUCUCUCAAGAUGCCUAACAUACGAACACCAUCUCGUACUGUGCAUUUUAUUGAAAGUACGGAAAUGAAGUUUUUUUUUUUUUUUUUAAAUCACUCGUUUUGUUUUGACUGUGGAUAAGAAUGGACUACAGCAUUUGGUGUGUGUCCUCAAGAGCUUUUGGGUCUGAAAGCUGAGAAGAAUAAAGGAAACAUUGCUUACUUCCUUC